UUGCUCGCACUUUCUUCGCUUUGCCUUGAGCUAUGCAGUGAACCGGUUUGGUCGUAGGCUAACCUCUGUUGUUGUCAGAAGGUUUUUAGCCCAGCCAUAUCCAUAGUUGAACAACGGGACUGACUACACCUAUUGAGAAGCCUUUUUUAAUUCGAGAUAAUCCCACACCACAGUGCACAAACGUUGGUGAAAGGAGGAACAGUAAAAUCCAGAGGAGGUUGGGACCAUGCCACUGUUAUCCUGUUUGUAAGAAAUUGAUGUAUGGUAGUUUUGUAUGGCACUUGGAGCUCGUAUGGGUGUGGUGAAGCAACAGUAACAGUAACGUCACUGCCUGAAAAUCGGUCGACCCGGGUUCGAUUCCUGAACCAGCUGGUGUGAGUCUGUUGCUUUUAAUAAAAGAGUGCUAAAGACCAGGGAACUUUUACUUUGUCUAUGCCUCUUGUAACUAUUUUUACUCUCCACGGGGCUGCUUCCUAAUAAGAUACAAGAUUCUGAAUCUACGCAUGUAAUUAUCUUCUGAUACUGCCCAUGGUGGUAGCACUCAGUAUCUUUACACUUGGAAUUAUCUGGUUACACCCAUAACUGACCCUAUGCCACUCUACCAAAUAUUGGCAAUGUAUUGUGCAUGGACAAAUGCAUUGUAUUGUGUUGUGUAAUAGGCAUUUUGCUGUUGCAGGGAUAAGGCAAGUCCCCCCACUCAGUGGCCAUCUUGGUAACGCACUUUGGGCAGUUAUCGGGCAGCUAUUUUCCUAUUCAAGUGAAUGAGGGAGGCAUAGCCUAGAGGAAGGGAUGGGAUAUGUGUAGACAACUGCCAUAUCGGUGUUACGAACUAACCCCAUGCAUUUCUAUGGAGGAUUCUUUGAGUGUUGUAUCUCCUCAUUAGAAAGUCUCUGGAUAAGGUGAGGACUGACGUGUGAUGUGAAGGAUUUAGACCUUUUGGUCCUGCGGUGUUUUGUAGUGAUUGGGUGACGGACUGAAACAUUUCUGGAGUGUUCUCUGUGGAUAUAUGGAUAUAAGGGCUUCAUUUGGGUAUGGUAUGGAUUUGAAGCUACCAAGAUAACAUGUUUGGAUGAGGGAGUUCCAACGAAUUGCCAAAAGAAUCGUUUUCCUCGGUGUGGAAAAUAUUUGAAAGUGAAACUUAUUCUGUGAAGAGACAAACACAGAAUAUGCGUUUAUUGAUGAUGCCAUUGUGAGAAUUUCCACAGGUGAAUUUGGAAACUCAUUGUCAACUUCUUGUAACCAUGUCCAUCCCAAGUUAAACCAAUUGAAUGUAGUGAACCUUUUAGCAUAUAUGAAAUGGACAAAAGCAUGUGGUUUUCAUACCAAAGAACACAAGAGAAUGCAUCACCAGCCUUUAAUGGAUUUAAAGACUGCUAUGUGGAAACAAUUAACAGAAAGUUGUUUGAUGUGGAUGAUUCUGCAUGAACUGGAAGGGUGCUGUCAGUUUAACCAACUUCCCCAUUAGGGCAGGAUGGCAGAAUAUUUAUCUUUUGAGAAUUGCUCAAAAUUUCUCCAAGGUUUGAAUACAUUUGCUUCAGUGUGAAUGCAGUCAAUUGUAGAAGAAAUGUUAAAUGGUCAGUAUGCAGCUUAGCCUUCUCUACUCAAGUGCGUUUGGACUGGUGUUGAGACAGCAUAGAGAAGAAAGGCUUUGGGAGCUGGUGUGGUGGCUUUGUUGUGUCACCAAUAAUGCUGUUUUAUAUGCCCCUCUGUCUGCAGGUGCUGUUGUUUUGUUCUUCGUUAUGGCGGUGGUCAUCCGAUUACAGGGACUCAGAAUCACGGCUGGUUCUGAGGAUAUUCGCAGUUUCUUCACUGGCCUCAAAAUCCCAGAUGGUGGGGUGCAUAUCAUUGGUGGCGAGCUUGAGGAAGCAUUCAUCAUCUUUGCAUCUGACGAAGAUGCCAGGCGUGCAAUGUCUCGCUCAGGCGGUUGCAUUAAGGGUUCCCCUGUUAACUUACUGCUGAGUAGCAGAUCGGAGAUGCAAAAGGUUCUAGAGGCAAGCACUAAAAAGCCAGAUGCCAAUGCUAGGAGGACGUACAAAGAUAAUGGUCGAUCUGCAGAAGCUGAGCCUUUGUCUUUUGGUGGGAAACCUUCCGUGGAAAGACAUAGAGCAGAUGGAAAUCCUCACCCAGAGGUUGGAAAUAGGUCACUUUCCAGUGGGAGGCGCAGUCAGACAAGACAACCUGGCCAAGAAAGCAGAGAUGACUUGUACUUGCAUCUGUACGGCAUGCCAUUUUCUGCCACAAAAGAAGACAUCCUUCAGUUUUUUGAGGGAUUGCGGGUUGAGGACAUUAUUAUUUUCAGAAAUAAUCAAGGCAAGCCAAGCGGAGCUGGCAUGGUAAAAUUUGCUACAGCUCAAGAUGCUGCUGAGGGUCUGAAGAGGGACCGUGAAUACAUUGGAUCUCGGUACGUUCGCGUCAAUCCAAGUGCAGAGAAGAAGUGGUUGCUGGCAGGUGGAGACGGUGAACCAGAACCAGUCCCAAACCCCACUGGGUACAGUACCAUGCCAAGCCCUACGUACACUUCAAGAAAACAUGAACCUGAUCGCCCCAAAUCACGCUCACCGGUGCCGUACCGUUCUCGGUCUGCCUCUCCUGCUAAGGAAGAGUUUUGUGUGCUUGUGGAUAACCUUUCUUAUGCUGUGGAGAAGAAGGACUUGAAAGAUUUUUUCCACCCCAUUCCCUUAAAGGAUGAUCAGAUCAUUCAUGUUAACGAUAAAUAUGGGAAAAGGACAAGGACUGCCCUUGUCAUGUUCAGUAGCCUAAGGGACUAUUGUGCUGGCCUGUCUCACCAUAGGGAAGAGUUGUGCAACAAAACUGUGAACGUAUCUCCAGUUUCUAAAGAAAGGAUGAUCGCUAUGCUGCAGUCAAUGAACCAGCAGCUAGAAGACCCAGAGGAGCCCAGCCAUUCAGGUCAAAGGUCACCAUCCCAUGGCAGAGAUGGGUUUGACUCGGACAGAAUUUGUCUCUAUGUGCGCAAUCUCCCUUUUGAUGUUCGAAAGGUGGAGAUUAUGGACUUUUUUCAUGGCUUUAGAAUUUCCGAUGAUUCCCUCAUUCUUCUUCGAGAUGAACAUGGAGCUGGACUUGGUGAGGCACUGAUGAUUUUUCAAACUGAAAACGAGGCAAUGAUGGCACAGUCUUUGAAUGGGCAACGUUUUCUGGGUUCAGAGGUUAUGUUGAAAUGCAUCACCAGGGCUCAGAUGCGAGAGUUUGGUAUAUCAGACCAGAUAGGUUUUGGCCCGAAUGAAAUUCCAAGGGAAACUGGAGAGGUGAGGUAUCCGGCAAGGCAAGAUGGCAGACCGAAUUUCCCUGCAGACAAAGUGUAUACAGAGGGCUUGUCUCCACCAGAUAUCCACCCACACCGUGAUGAUCUGCCUGUUCAACCUUUUGGCCGAAGAGAAGACCAGUAUGACCUACAGUUAGACCACCAUGAUGCUUUUGGAGGCAGAGGAGAAGGCCCCUUGAAUCAAGGCUUUGGGCCUCCUGGGCAACAUUCUGAUAGCCCCACCUGUGUGAUACUGUCAAAUCUGCCAGUACGGAUCAAAUAUGACGAGAUCUAUGAUUUCUGCUAUGGCUACAGAGUGAUCCCAGGAUCUGUGACUGUGAAGUGUGACCGACGUACUAUGACUAGUUCUGCUUCAGUUGUGUUUGAAUCACACCGUGAAGCAUUGACUGCUGUUAAAGAAUUGCAUGGAAGGCCCAUUGGGAAGAGAACAAUCACUGUGAAGUUUGAAUGAGGGCUGUUAUAUUCAGAAGUGAAAUUGUGCAAAUCUGUUCAUAUUUGUGCUGUGUUUGAUGUUUGGUAUCAAAGACAAGUAAUGACAACCAUCGUAUUUAGCUUUAAGAUUUUAGUACCCCCCCCCCCCCCCCAAAAAAAAAGUCUGAUCUUUUAUUUUUUAAGUGUUUUUUUUUUAUGUUUAGUGCCUCAACAAAGAAAUGGUUUAGAUGGACUGUAUGUGAUGGAUUAAUAUUUUGUGUCUUUGAGCACAGGUAUGUACAGGUUUAUGAUUAUUGUUUUAUGUUCAUUUUGACAAGUAGUAAUGAAGUCCAUUAUUAUAAUUUAAUGAUUGUAUGAGCAUUGGAUGGCGUAUGUUCCAGUAAAAACCUUUAUUUGAA